AUGAUUUUGUACGAGGAGGAUGAAGAUUGCGAUGCCUCGUCUGUUUGCACUUUAUCCGACAAUGAAAGCAAGCCCUUCCGGGUGAAGGCAGUCCGAUUCAACCACAACAAGAGUUCAAGACUCGUAACUAUUUUUGCAGCAAUAGGGUACCUCAUCUUUGGGGCUCUUUACAUCAGCCUCUGGGUCCGCUUCAAAAGAUUAGAGUCUAAGGUGCGCACCUUGGAACCCGAACUCUUCCCUUCUCUUACGAGAUCUCCUGCAUUUCGUAGAGACAGUCGUACGUUUCCCCUAACUGUGGCUAGGACACCAUUUACAGGUAUCCCAGGCCCAGAGCUCGAUCAGGCGUGGCAUGAUCUUUUGAAAGACACUACCAUACGGGUCGCAAAAGAAGAUCUAGACUAUUAUAAUGUCACUUCUUUGCCCUUGGCGGACGGCUCAGGCUUCGCAUCUGAGAUCUUUAUGACUCACGAACUCCAUUGUCUAAAGAAGGUCCGGCAAUGGAUAUACAAGGAAUCGUAUUUCGAACACGUGCAAGGACUUGCUCGAAAUGAGCUCGAGAGACACGUUCGUAUGUUAUCAUGA